UUAAGUCAGUUCUCGUCUCUGACAUACAACUUAUAUUUUCAUAACCAAAUUAUUACUGAAAUAUGGUGAACUAAAACGGGCCUAAAUCAAGCGGAGCCAUGGUACCGGACAAAGUUCUUAGCACUAGUUUUUUUUGGACGUAAGUCGGGAACCACCAAAGAGCAACAUAUGUGCAUUAAGAUUUAAAAUGCCAGUUGCAGAAGCAUUUCCCGCCAUUAAAAUCAGCUUAAGAGCCCAUCAACAACACACUUUCUUUCUCUUAAAAACCUGCAACUCCAUAAAACAGCUAAAACAAAUCCACGAUCAAAUCAUCAUCAAUGGCUUUUCCCAGAAAAAUUUCCUCAUCGUCAACUUAAUGUCUCUCUAUACAACCUAUGGAAAUUUGUCGAAUGCUUGCAAGGUGUUCGAUGAAAUGCCUAGCCCAUCAACUACUGUUUGUAAUCAAAUGAUUAGAGCCUAUUCUCACAGUGUAACACCACAAAAAUCAGUAGAAUUGUUCUCUAAAAUGUUGUAUGAAGGAUCAUUUCCUGAUGAAUACACCUAUUCUUAUCUUGUAAGUGCUUGUGCGCGAUCUUUGAUGUUGAGAGAGGGUGAACAGAUUCAUGGGAGAGUUUUAUCAAAUGGAUAUUACUCAAACAGUUUUGUUAGCACUAAUUUGAUUAAUUUGUACUUGGGAUUGGGAAAUGAAGUUGGUCGUGUGAAUGCUUACAAGGUGUUUGAGGAAAUGCCUGAGAGAAACAAUCCUGUAACUUGGAAUUCGUUGCUUGCGGGGCAUAUCAGGUGUGGGGAUUUUGAUGGCGCAAUUAGAAUUUUUGAUGGGAUGCCAGUGAAAAAUAUCGUUUCUUGGACAACAAUGCUUACGGAGUAUGCUCGAAAUGGAUGGUUUAGACAUGCUUUAUUGCUGUUUCAAGAGAUGAGAAGAGAAUGUUUGGAAUUGGAUCAGACGUCACUGACUGUAGCUUUGUCAGUGUGUGCUGAGUUGGGUGACUUAAGCACCGGAAAAUGGAUUCAUAUAUAUGUUAUUAAGAAAUUUGAUGGGAGGGAAAGAGAUAUAUGUGUGCGUUUACACAAUGCCCUCAUUCAUAUGUAUACUAGCUGUGGUGUAAUAGAAGAAGCAAGUAGGAUCUUUAAAGAGAUGCCAAGAAAAACUGUGGUUUCAUGGACAACAAUGAUCAUGGGAUAUGCUAAACACGGCUCUGCUAAAAAAGCUAUUGAGGUUUUUGAAUGUAUGCAAAAUUCAGGUGAAGUAAAAGCUGAUGCCAGAACCUUUUUGGGGGUUCUCUCUGCCUGCAGCCAUGGAGGAUAUGUUGAAGAGGGGCGUGUAUAUUUCAAAGAAAUGGAAGAAAAAUGGGCAAUUAACCCCAGAAUUGAGCAUUACGGUUGUUUGGUUGAUCUUUUGAGUCGAGCAGGGUUCUUGGAAGAAGCGCAAAGGCUAAUAGAGACUAUGCCUAUGAAGCCCAAUGAUGUAGUUUGGGGUGCACUUCUUUGUGGAUGUAUGAUUCAUAGGAAUCCUGAGAUUGCUUCGUAUGCAGCGGAAAAUCUCAUAAUGGAGCUUGGCCAAGAGGAAAUCAUGGAAUAUCUUGUAUCGGUGUCAAAUGCAUAUGCCAUGGCUAGAAGAUGGAGAGAGGUGGCUAUUGUACGGAAGAAGAUGGUUGAAAUGGGUUCGAAAAAUAGUAAAAGCAGGAGUUGGGUGCAAUUAAAUGAAGCAGUCCACGAAUUCAUGGCUGGGGAUAUUACUCAUAGACAUAUCUCAUUGAUUUAUGAGACGCUUGAUAGACUCACUAGUGAAGUCAGAUAUGUAGCCAAUGAUCAUGACACGAGUGAGGAGUUAAUUGACUUGUAGGAGAUGGAAUUCUUCUGCUGUAGUAGCUGUGUAAUUCACCUCUUCCGAAGCACCGAGAAUCUGAGAUGUCAGAAUCUGUAGACCAGUCUAGCACAGUCGGAAUUCAGCUAUUCCUAGCAGUUCCUGCUCCAUACAAAAUUGGAUUAUCCUCAGGGUGAGAUUUUUCAUCUGUAUGAUCAAAUAUUCAUGAAUUAUUCUAGGAUGCUGGUGCUGUACUCUGCAAAUUGUCUUUUCAUGGGAUGUUGAGAAGAAAAGAGAGUGAAUCUGUCUGGUUUAACGAAUUGAUAUCUUUUCAGAGCACUCAUUGUAGCUGACUAGCUGAUAUGGUUAUUCUGCUAAUAUGAACAAUGUGAUUGAAUUUUGUUUGUUCAUUUUAUCA